CUAAUAUUCGUCUUUUCAUCAAUUUUUUGCUCUCUCCUCUCAAGAUACCAUUCUCUACUUUCCGUCCAUCUGUUCUCUGGACCUGAGGGGCCGAGGUUGCGUUGUAAUUUCUGCAUGUUGAGCGCCAUCUCAACUUUGAUCACUUCUAUCUCGCCACUUCAUUUCCUUGACCUUCCAUCCAGCUGAACGCUUUCAUCUUCUAUUAUAUAUCCGUGGUGUACAUCUGAUUACACCAUAUUAUUCUAAUAUCGAAGAUUUCUCUCGCCAUGGCGCAUCCCGAAGAUGCCGGCGCGGUGCUGGAACAAUUCAUUCACGAUGUUGCCAAUCUGCCUGCUGAGGUAGCGCAUCUUUUGGAAGAGAUUGCAGCAAAAGACAAGGUCAUACAAGAAUGCCGCGCAGUCAUCACGGCUCGAGACAAUAGCAUCCAAAAAUUCAUCAAGCUCAACGGCAGUCUCCAGAUUAACCCCAAGGAGGACUCAUACAGUAAGACUAUUGCUCAGAAUUUCGACCGAGCACAGAUCUUGCAAGAAGAAAAGGUUGGAUUGAGCGAGAAGGCUGCUGUACUGCUGGAUCGGCAUAUCAAACGACUCGACCUCAAGAUUCGCGACUUGCAAAAUGAGGGCGCCAUGCCGCCUGACCCUACGAUGCCCUCUUUGCUUCAACCUAGUCCGGGGAACCGCGUUCCUCCGGCGUCCGGGCCUAGCACGGGCGUCAGCACCCCUCUCCACCCACUAUCAAUUAACGCAGGGACGUCCUCGGCGACAACUGUAGCAAAUUCUGGGAUGGCAAGGCUUGCCCAACAGGGUCCAACAGUUGCCCCUUCUACGCCCUCCGCGACCCCUUCCUCGGCAGCAGCCACGCUUCUUCAGCCACCACAGCGCCAUCGCGAGUCUUCUGCUGGUGCCGCGGACGCCAAACGCCGUCGCCUGAACGCCCAGAUCAGCAACCUGUCACAGACAACAUCAGCGUCUGGCCUAGCGCGGCACGCGUCCGCCGGGCCUGGCACACCCAAAGCCGGCACACCGGGCAGUACGCGCGCCGGAAGUGCCGGGCCCCGCACCACCAUCAAGAAGUCCAGCAAGAAAGUAGCGCCCCAUCAACAAGUGCGCAAAAAGACAUCUACGAAGACCGGUCUGCUCAAGAAGCCUUCAUCUGCCAGGAAACUGCUUGGCGCCAACGGAAUCAAAGCCUCGCCGUCGUCUACGGGAGACGAAGAAAGCGUGCUGAGCGAAGCCAGCGGCAUCUCGGACGACGAAAACCUCUCCCCGCCUCCGGGCGUGGCUGGCUCCGGCGACGAAGAAAUGGAAGAUGUCGGCGAGGAAGAAGAUGCCGGUGACGAUCGCAAGUAUUGCACGUGUCGCAGCGUCAGUUACGGAAACAUGGUCGCCUGCGAUAAUGACGACUGUCCGUACGAAUGGUUCCAUUGGAGUUGUGUGGGCAUGACCAAGGAACCUGUAGGGAAGUGGUACUGCGAUGAAUGUCGGAGUAAAUUGUAGUCAUCUUUGUCUUGCAGUAUGGUUUUGAUUUGACUUUGAUUUGCUUCCUAUAUUUAAUUUUCCAAUCCCCUUUUCUUUUCAUGGGAUGUCCUUUGCCAUUGUCGGCUGUAUAUAUAUCAAUGCGGGUGAUUGGGAUCUUUUUCUGGUAAAGGAUGACGGGCAGCGAGUGGCGUUUUGUGGUGUUGUCUUUUCCUCGACACAGGCAGUGUCCGUUGUCAUCAUAACAUGAUUGGCGAAUGGUAUCUCAAUUCAGUCAUGGAUUCAAUCAUCAUCCGUUUAUAUUCGUCAUGCGGUUGCGGUGAAAGUUAUAUUGAAUACUGAUCAUGCACCUCCAAUGAUUCCGACUGAGACCUGCUUCCCACUGCAUGGCCGAU